CUCUCUUCCAUUCCCCUUUCUUUCCCUCUCUGAGAAAAAAGAGGAAGAAAGAAAAGAGAUUCCUUACAUGUCCCACACCCUUUUCCCUCCAGCUUAUAUUCCCUCCCAAUCUCUCACUACCCUCCAUAAAUUACACCAUAGAUUCUCAUCUCAUCCCUCCCCUUUCUCUUCCCUCUUCUUCUCUCUCUGCCCAGAUGGCUCCAGAGUUGGAGAGGGCCAGAGUUACAGAGAUACAGGUCCGGAUGGACUGCAAUGGCUGCGUUCAGAAGAUCAAGAAGGCUCUUCAUGGCGUCAAUGGGAUUUACGAGCUCUACAUCGACGUCCCUCAGCAGAAGCUGACGAUCGUCGGCUGGGCCGAUCCCCAGAAGAUCGUUAAAGCGAUUAGGAAGACGAGGAAGACGGCCAUCAUAUGCUCCCAUUCAGAACCACCCUCUGAUCCACAGGAACAACCACUGGAUGGCGGCGAAUCACCGCCGCCUCCGGACGAAUCAAAUCAAUCAGACCCUCCUCCACAGGAAGCAGAAGGCCCGCCCCAACAAACUGAGCCACCGAAGGAACCAUCGCCACCACCGCAGCCACCAGAGAAUCAACAACCGGAGGAGAAACAAUCACCACCACCACCAGAGCCAGAGCCAGAGCCAAACUCAUCAAGCCAGCAGCCACCACAGCCGGCGGGUGGGCAGAAAGACGUCGGAGAGGUUCACGUCAUUUACCACCACCCGCCGUCAGACUACCACCGCUACCCACCACCACCGCCGGACUACGGCUACAGGUACAAUGGCUACGGUGGUGGAGGAUCACCUUCUAGUUCUGGUUCUACUUCCGGUUAUCAUCACUGGGACAGAUACCCCGACGGUCCGGGGUAUCCACCCGUCGUCACCAGGCCACCACCUCCUCAUCAGCCUCCGCCUCCACCGGUGUACGUUGCUCACCACAACUACAGCACGUACAGGCCGACACCGUACGUGACGGAGUACGAAUACGUCCGAUCGACGCAACCAGCACCACCAUCACCACCACCACAAUCAAGGUACAUGCCUCCACCGCAGCCGCAACCAUCUAGGUACGCAGACUACGGCAGGAUGGACUACUACAACGAGGAGUACCAUGACUAUAAUCAUCGCGGGAAUGGAAACGUCUCGUCCAUGUUCAGCGACGAGAACCCAAAUGCAUGCACAGUAAUGUAA